GGAGGGAUGGAAGGAGAGCCUCCAUGGGCGCCACCGCCAUUGAUCGCAAUCCCGAUGAGUACAUCGAGCAAGCGCUUCUCCGGGUUUCGAUCCCUGAGUAGCAGGCUAAAGGAAGAUCUGGGCGCCGUCGUCGAUGCCUCUCCAAAGAUCGAGGAAGAGCACAAGAAGGAAAAUUCCGGCGAUCUCGAAGAAGGAGAGCUGCCGUGCGACGUUGGAGACAAUCGCGACGAGCCAGGUACUGUGGUAGUGCUAGAAGCAGCGGCCGAGAAGACAAUCAUUCCGCCGGAACAGCCACUAGGUCUCAUCGCGAAGGCAGGCUAUCAUUCUUUCACUGCAGAGCAUCUGGAUCGGCAAAAGUCUGUAGAAGAGAUGGAGCUCAUGGAUCGAAAGGAAGCUUUGCUAGCAAAAGUGGAAGAAGAAGCACACAACAAAAAGAGGAAAAAGGAUGAUCCGGAAGAGCAGGGACAGGAAAAGAAGAAGAAAAAGAGAGGUCUUUCCGACGAAGGCAAGAAAAGGAAGAAGGCCCGAGGGAAGAUCAAGCGUGCCGAGAAGGAACGAGCAAUGGGGGUGGCGAGGCGGCGGCCAGUCUACACGCAAGUCGAGAGGCCUCCAAAGCCGCGGCUGUUGUGCAGAUACUUCAUGAAGGGGCGGUGCUCCAAAGGCAAGAGCUGUACGUUCUCUCACGAGGAAGUCCCCGACACGAAGCUCUACCUCUGCAAGUACUUCCUCACGCGCUGCUGCCUCAAGGGUGACGAAUGCCCAUUCUCUCACGACACGGCCAAGUUCCCGUGCAAGUUUUUCAUCUCCCUGGGCUUUUGCAAGGAUGGCGAGAGGUGUAAGUUCUCUCACGCGUCGGUCAGCAAGGAGGAGCGCGAGAAGAUCAUACAGCGGUUGGAGAUCGAGAAGAAGCAAAAGCUGGAAAGUGCUGGUGGUGGUGAUGGUGGCGACGAGGAAAUGGUCGAAGAACAAGCCAAGAACUCGAGCAGCAGUCCCGACUACUAUGAUCCGGACUGGGAGGAUUACUCCGCGACGCCGAUGGACGAGGACAACUUCCUCUCCCGAGCCGCGAGGCAGGCAGCGCUGGAGCACAUUGAUCGGGAGGACGAGGCGAGCUACGAUCCAGCUCCUGGAGAGUGGUGGAAGAACAAUCGCUAUAGCGCGUCGCCACCCAGAGAGGAUAGUUUCUUAGCGAGGCAGGCAGCGGCACUCCAGGAAAAUGGGAGAGAGGAUGAAAGAACCAAGAUCAUCAGCUCUCCGGAUCCAGGACAAGACAAUCCCAGCAGCUCCACUGCUCCAGCAGUCUUGGCCGACGACGGAGAAGACGAUCUUCUCGUCAAAAUCGCGAGACAAGCAGCAAUCGAGCAGUGUAACAGUAUGGUUUCGUUCGCAGCUCCUCCCAGAUCAAGCUGCUCGACGUCCGGCUCAAGCAUCAUGGAUCAACUCCAGCAAUCGGUCCGUGAAUCUGGGAUUGGGAUUUUUUUCUGAUUAAAAAAAGGAGAGCUUUUUUGUUGGA